AUGUUCCAGAACUCCACGCAUCUACCAGCCCUCCAACAGCAAACAUACCAACCCCUCAGUUCGCAUUCUGCAGAUCAUGAGCUGAAUUACCUCGAUCGAUCUCAGUCGCCUUCCCACUCAAGCUACUCUGCUUGGGACACCUACGACGCCGCUAGUAUCCGCUCGCAAGCAUCUCUCCUCUCAAGACAUGACGCCGACGUUCCCUUCAAUUCCAACGUUCAGAGGGCCAGGAAGCCCAGGCUCCCCGGCCUCAAGGCGUUUCGCUUCACUGGGUGGCGCGUAGGAGUCACAUGGUGUGCCAGCAUCACGACAUUAGUCCUGCUCAUCAAUACCGUGUGGACCAUUGCCGCAUCUGCAAAAUAUGGAAUCAAAAAAGGUCUGGGUACAAUGCAACAGGGCAGCUGUGACGAGGCCAAAAAUUUGAGUCUUUGGCUUCAUUUUGGGAUCAACGCGUUAAGCACAACCCUUCUCGCAGCGAGCAAUUAUUGCAUGCAGUGUCUUGCGUCUCCAACACGCGACGAGGUAGAUGCGGCUCAUAGGAGAAGGAAGUGGCUUGAUAUUGGCGUCCCGAGCGUGCGCAAUCUCUUCUACAUCGCUCGAAGGCGUAGGGUAUUGUGGUUGCUACUAGCGAUUUCUGGUGUCCCACUUCAUUUAUUAUACAACAGCGCAGUCUUCUCAUCGCUGACUGCACAGGAUUACCGAGUCUGGGCUGCCUCCCAGGAGGUGAUAGACGCACCCAAUCUUGAGGAAAUUCUCCAGAAUUCAAAGAACCCUUUCGGAAAGGUUGCUUAUGGUACGCUAGAAGGAGCAAAAUCAUGGGGAAAAAUGGACAUCGUCGUGUGCACAAGCACUUACGCAAAACAGUUUGUCACAAGUCAUGGUGACUUGGUCCUGAUAACGCCAGAUGUGAAUAUCACGGAGGCUGCCGCUCCAAUUGUUGGGGAGGGUACUGAGACCUUCUCCACGGGAGGGACUGGAUAUGACUGGAUGUGUCGAGGCUGGUGUUCGAGUAGUAACGAACCAAUACAGGCUGCCAAACGCGGGUCGCUGGAGAUUCCUUAUCUUUAUGAUGGGGGUUCUUCUUUGUCUAUCAAGAGCUGCCUAAGCAAACCAGCCGAAGAGCACUGUUCGGUACAAUUCAGCGUGGUGAUAAUGUCUAUCGUCAUCGUCGCAAAUGCUGUGAAAGCUUUCUGCAUGUUUCUAAUUCUACAACAACAACGGAAGGCUCCUCUAGUGACCAUUGGUGACGCCGUGCAAUCUUUCCUCAGAACCAACGAUCCUGAAACUAUCAACAAAUGCCUUGCAGAGAGGAAAGAUUUUCGGAGUUCGAAUUGGCAUGCCAUGAUCGAGCCCCGGUCCUUUCAAAACCUCAAAUAUAAUUAUUUCGACCCAUUUCAUCCAAUCACUCUCACAAUUGUUGCAGGCUUUGCUCACACCUCGCUAACUUUUCUUAGCUGUAUAAUAACGUUGGUAGUAACCGGUUUCUUGUUGUCCAUGGGCAUGUCAAAUCUCAACGAUCGUUCUUUAUCACAUAUUGCGCAUCUAGGGUUCGGUGCUAUCACUUCGGAGUCUUUGGCCUCAUUUAUAAACUCUAGGAGGAUGUCACGUGAGACUGCGCUCUUUGUGAACAUCAUCAUUGCCAACGCCCCACAGCCUCUUCUCUCCUUCCUCUUCCUGACCUACAACAGUCUCUACACCUGCAUGUUAAUGGUUGAGGAAUGGUAUGACUACGCGCAUGAAGGCAAGCAACUACGAGUGACCGAUCCCACGGGGCAGCAGCGAUCGACUUACAGGCUUCAAUUACCAUACAAGUACGGCAUACCCCUCGUAGUGCUGUCAGGAAUACUGCACUGGCUAGUCUCGCAGACCAUCUUCCUGGUUGAUGUUGAAAUGUAUCGAGGCAACGAAAUUGAAGCAGAUAAUCGUGUUAUCACAAUUGGAUAUAGUUGUAUAGCCAUCAUCACGACCAUCAUCCUUGGAUCAUUCACAAUUCUUGCCGGAAUUCUCAUGGGGUUCAGGAAAUACAGAGGAGGCAUGCCUCUGGCUGGGAGUUGUAGCGCGGCCAUCAGUGCUGCUUGUCACCAACCCAGCUCGGACGCUGAUGCUGCCGGGAAGACCUUAUUGUGGGGCGUUCCAGAGGAUGCCGCGAAGGACAUGGCCAGUAACGGUAGCAUGACGAACACAGGCGUGGGGCACUGCUGCUUUACGAGUCUCCCUGCGUUGCCGCCAGUUGAGGGUCAACUAUACGCAGGCAAGACAUUACAGGGAACGGCGCACAGUAAAAAUGACUGA